UAUUAUUUCUAAUAUUACAAUGCGUAAAGCAACUCGAUGGAAUUUACGACGUGCCAACUAACUUUUUUAAUAAAACGCAACGCAAAUGACAAAGUACGCGAGUAAUACGUUCCGACGGAUUAAUAAAGAUUAGUCCUACUUGUCAAGGCCUAUAUUCCUAUACUACAUAUGUAUCUAACCCGCAUUUCACCCUUUUGGACAAUAAUCAAAACGUGCGAAGGAUAAAACAAAUCGAUUUCGCAUUCUCACACGAACCUUUCAUUCCUUCCACCGAUUUUCUGACACCUGCACGAAAUGUUUCUGCGUUUUACUAUUACAUUUUAAUAAUCGAUCGUAACGUUUAUCGGUAUAGUUGUUCGUAAGCCACGUUGAACCUUUCCGAUGCAUAAAGUAACAAAAAUAUUCGUUUACUUCUCGUAAAUUUGUGUUGCACUUGUAUAUAUCGAAAAAUGAAAGAAAAGAAACCGUGCUUCGGUCAAUUUUUUGGAAAGUAAAAAUAGAAGAAAUAAUGGAACGCGAUAAAAAUUCAAUUGACGGUAGAUUCAACGUGGCAAAUCUAACUCGUAAAACAAAUACGGUCGUGCCUAAAGAAUGUAUGCGCAUAGGACGACGACCAAGAGUAGGGCAGCGUUGAUCGAUAGUAAAAAUACAAUAAGAAAAAAGUGCUCGAAAAAAGAAGAAAAAAAAAAGCAGAACGCGAGAAGAGAAAAAUCGAAAAAAAUUAAAAGAAAAACUCUUUUCAAUUUGCAAUGAUUUUCCUCUCAGCCGAAGGGUUUGCGAGUUUCCAAAACGGAAAAACUUUGGAAAAGUUCUCCACGUUGAUGACGAUGUAACUGUACGAAGAUUUACUCAAGUGCCAAAGUUUCUCUCAAAGUGUCUUCACCUUGUAAAAUUAAUAAGAGACAUAAACUUUUUUACUCGUGCGGGUGACAGAAUGUAUCUGAAAGAAAAAAAAAGAAAAAAAGAAAAACAAGAAAAAGAAAAAAAGAAAGAAAGAAAACAAAAGAAAAAAAAAAGAAAGAAAGAUCUUUUCUUUGACUUCGAUCGAAGCGAUAUUUUUAAUCAUUGCGAGCCGCACGAAGAAUCCAAAGCGAAACUUUCCACGUCAGCUAAACGUUCCAGAUCAACAUUUCGCGUACCAAUUAUAAAUCGUGAUGAUAAAUUCACAGAAUUUUAUUCAUCGCACACACAACGAUGUUACAAAGUGUUGACUCGAUGUAUUGAAUGUAUUUAUGUAUACGAUGUGUCAGUUUAUGUUAUUAAGGGAGAGAUUAAAGUAUAUCGACCGUACGCCGAGAAUUUAAUUUCAUGAAACUUCGAAAUCCUAACAUCGUUAGUAAUACGAGAUCGUUAUCGUUUGAAUCCGAUCUCCUAUCCGAAAAGAGACGAUAAGCGUAAGCCUUAGCUGAAAGAAGGAGUAGAAACGACGGUUUGUUCUUUACUCGAAAAAUAAUACCGCUUAUAUAUUCUCGACUUUGUGUAAACCUUACGCACGUGCUUCUGAAUUGGAAAGCUCCGCAUUGUUACGUGAUCGUUGUUAGAAAGGAUUGUGCCAAAACGUACUUUACGCAAGAAAGUACCAUCGGUUGAUCGAGCCUUGACUGUGUUCCAAGAAAGUCAAAGAACAAUCGGGAGGAGACGAGUCCCUGCUCAUGUUUCUAAUGUAUAUCGACUAAAGAAAUCGUUUCUUCCUUCCUUACCUCAAAGUCAAACAAAAAUUUCCACGAAAAGGAUAUAAAAUCGAUCGCGUGAUCAAUCUCGCGCGAGAAUCGCGACCGUUCGAUGAAAAUAUGAUACGAAGGGAAACGAGCCACCCGAGAAUACGAUCUAACAAAAUAACGCGAGUAAUUUAUCAUAACGUUUUGGUCUAUGAAUAUUAAUGUAGUUUGGGGGUCAAAAUAUCGCGGGUGUAAAACACUGUAGAUUAAUUAAGCUAAUUAACAUCCGCUUCGUUGCGCUUGCAAUGGCAGCGAAAUCGUAACUUACGGUUUAAAUGUAAAAAACAACAAAAAAAAGAAAGAGAGAAAGGAAAAAAAUGGCAACGAUCUCGCAAAGUCGAACGAUCGAAUCUGAUCAUGAAAAAUACGUUAAAGAGGAGAACAGCUGUAAACUUUUCAUUUCUUCUUCUUCUUCUUCUUCUUCUUCUUCUUCUUCUCAAUCUUCUUCUCAUUCCACGUCUUACCUAGAAAGGUACGAAUAAAUGAAUCAUGAAAAUCAUUACGACUUUAUUCGCGUGCCAAAAGCGUGAAUCAGCCGAUGCGAAUUGCAGUUUUGUUUUUAUAUCGUCCGCAGUACCGAAGAUAUUUCCGGAGGGAAUCGCGACAUCCGAGGAAGUCGUAAAUUUGAUAAAAACGCGAAUAAAGCUUGAAUAUCUCCGAUAUUCCCGGCUGAUAAAUAAACAUAGAUCUUCGAAAAAAUAUUGAAAACGUUCGAUGCGUUUGAACGAGCUCGAGCUUGGGGAUGAUUCUAUUAAUUAUUACGCGCUAUAAUUGCGGCUCGUAGAGACAGAGAUAAACGUUAACGACACGUUAAUUUACGAAAUUAACGAAACAUGAGGCGUACGAGAUCGUAAUAAACUUAAAUAAGGACUCUCGCGAGUAUAAUUAUAUCUCAAGUAAAACAGGAAACGUUCUGUACGACGAAUUUAACGACUUGAAAAGUUUCGAGAUAAUAACUUAAAUAUCGGAUAAGAGAAAGAAGAGAAAAGAAUUGUCGUUGGAUAGAAUGAGAAUAGAACGGAGACUUGGGGGUAAUAUUUCAAAAUUCGCGAUGAAUCGAUAAAGAAAGAAAGAAAGAAAGAAAGAAAGAAAGAAAGAAAAAGGAAGAAGAAAAGAAACAAGCUGGCAAUCGUGAUCGAAGAGAAGCAAAGAAACGAAGCGAACGCGUCGCGACGCGUCGAAGUUAUUUCGACGCAAAAAUAGUGGGGCAUCGCUCUAUUUCGGUCCGUUGAGCCAGGGCCGAUCAGUCUGCGGCCUGGCUUCCCAACCAGGAGGCCGUGGAUCCGCAUUUUCCAAUCGUCUAUUCCGCGCUUCAAAAGAUUCGUCGUAUCUGGAUGAGAUAAGACAAAGAGUAGAUAGACAAAUUGAGUACUUGGAAUCGAAAAAUCGGAGGUUCGAUAUCGAAGAGACGAGAAAAGACAGAGGAUCUAGGGAAGGAGGAAAAAGAAAAAUAACAAUUCCGAAGAACCUUGGAGAAGAACCUUGGUGACGCAGUAAUAUAAAAAGAGAAAAGAAAAUAAAUAAAUAAAUAAAUGAAAGAAAGAAACGCAAGAAAAGAAAACAAAAUAAAAGAAUAAGACGGAAAGAUAGAGAGAGGGAGAGAGAGAGAGAGAGAGAGAGAGAGAGAAAAGAAAAGAAAGAAAGUUAUUCACGUUGCGGACCUCACUCCUGCGAAACUCUCGAAGCUCGAUUUUGAAAAGUUUGCAAAGAGGAGGGGAAAAAAAUGUUUUGGUCCGAGCCCGACGAGGAGGAGGAGGCGCUUCUUUGCAGCCCGGCUCUAAUGGCCAGGAGGGCGUCCGAGUCCUGGAUCGUCGCGCCCCCUGUCGAGGCGAUGCCGGUCGCAGCAAUGACCCUUCAACGAAAAAAGUCACUGCCGGAUGUGGCCCAGGGUAUUCAAUUAACAGCAACAGCACCAUUAUCAAGGGAAGAAGUUAGUGUUCUAAGUAGUAUGAGGAGAGAAGAAAUCCGUAGGCAGAUCGACGAGAGAGAAAGGCUCAGGGCCAAUCCUCUUCUCUACCUGGUCAGUCCUCAGGUCAAAGACUGGUUCUCCCGGCAACAGCUGGUAAUGCUGGUGCUCUUCAUCAACAUAUCCUUAGCCCUGAUGUUCUUCAAGUUGCUGACGUAGCAGCCAGCCAAUGAUCGGGUUCACGGACUCGUGGUAGACGUGACCUGAGACCUCAGGGUGUCUCGAGACGCUCUGGGUCGUCAAACGUGGCAUAAAUUUCUCGAGAGAAAGGAAAUAUCAAGAAAGGAUGGUAAGGUACGAUGCCACACACCUGACCGUUGAAAACGGCUUUUUCGAACGACCGAGAAAGAGAGACAAAAAGAGAGAAAGGGAGAGAGAGAAGAGAAGAGAAAGGUUGAAGGGUACGAGGAAGAAGAAUCCCACACCCGUGUCCUUGAGGAGGAACGAUUUCGCGAAAGAGUUUCGUCGUGGGACCUGCUUCAGACGGAGAAAGAAAGGAAAAACAAAAAAAAAUUAAUAAAAACAAAAUAUUAAUGGAUGAUUUUGCGGUGUAUAAGAUUGUCGUCUAGUUGGUUAAAAAAGAAAAAAAAAAGAAAAAAAGAGAAAAAAAAUUUUACAGAAACGAGAUUAAAUAACGAUAAGAGAAACAAAUUCCGGGAUUAUUAUUUUUAAACCCGGUGGAAAUUUUGAAGACGAGGUCCAGAUUUCAAGCGAAAGAUUGAUUAAAUAUAUAUAUAUAUAUACAUAUAUAUAUAUAUGUAUGUAUGUAUAUAUGUAUGUAUAUAAAGAAAAAAAAAGUGAAAGGAGAAAUAAUAGAGAGAAAAAAAAGUAUAUUAUAAUUUAUCAGGCGCGCAUCACAACUAAAAGGAAAUAAUCGAUUUGAUUUAGAAAAUGGGUCGUCGACGACCCGGCGCCCCUUUAUCAUACCUAUUUUUACACCGAUAUUUUAAUAAGACUACUACUACAAUUACUUAAUAUUUACUACAACUACUACUUCUAAUUGUAAGAGUAGCUCGAGUCUUGUUUAUAGUUAAGCCGAAUUAAAACGGCCGAACCAUUAUGCGCACACGAAUUCCUCCUUCAUUAGUUAAUUAUUAUAUAUACAUCGUCGUUUUUUUUUUUGUUUUCCUUAUCAAACGAUCGACUUGAAGGCGAGAUAUUGGCUAGAAUUAAAUCUCGGGACGAUCGUCUUGUAUGUAUGUAUGUAUGCGUACGUAUCAAUUUUGAAACAUACAAUGAAACGAUUCGAACGAUAGAAUUCAUUUUAAGGAAGAACGAAAUAGACGUUCCUAUAGUUAACGAAAAAAAAUUGUUUCAUCGAUCGAUGAAAAAAAAAAAAAAGAAAAAAAUACAAGAGAAAAGAAAAUGUGCCAGUGAUUUUGGAAGUUAACGGGAAAGAUUUUAUCGAAUGAGAAAAAUUUUUUCGGGGACACGCAAUGAAAUUUUGCAGCGUAAUUUUUAUGAAAGAUAAAGAAAAGGAUUCUUAUUGUUAUCACUAUUAUUAUUACCAUUAUUAUUAUUAUCAUUAUCAUUAUUACUAUCAAGAGCGAGGUCUAACAAUGAAAAAUAUUUUUACAGCAAAAUGUUCGGAGUUUUUGAGCUAAACAAAGACGAACGAACAGUGAAGAGCUUUUAAAAGGCGUCAUAUCUUUUUUAAAAAAGGACGUACAUACGAACAUGUUUUUCUAUCGCGUAGCUUUGCUAGAUAAACGGUCGGUCGUAUACGACACGAUCGGAGAGUGUGUAAUUGGAGGAAAUAGAUAAUUUAGCGAGACGCGUUUUCAAGUUUAGCCGAGACGCGUUUUCACGAGUUUAGAAAUCUUUUGUAAAAAUAAAAAAAGAAGAGAACGAAGAUGAGAACACACGCUCCGAAUCGUCACGAGCUAUUUGUAACUUUUUUCGUGGCGUCGAGCUGAUUCUUAAUGGAUUGAUCUACGGCUCGAAUACAUUGAUAAUAUUCGUGAACGUAGCUUGGACAUAUAGAAGCGACGCUGAUUUCACAAAGCGUUCGUAUAAUUUGCGCCGUUGAAUCGCUGGCGAAACUGGCGAAAGAAGAAGACAAAAAGAAGGGAAAAGAAAAUUAGAAAGAAAGAGCAAAGACAAAAAGAAAGAGAGAAAGAGAAAUAUUAUUCUGCUUCUUUUUCCUGAUAAAACGUUAUACACCGGUGCGAUUGUCCAUCGUAAAUUGAACGUAUGUAAAUUGUUCGAAACGCGAAACUUCCUAGGCGAAAUAGCGUUAAAAAUAUAAAUAGAAUCUAUAGCUCGACGAUACGCGUAUCUGAUUGUUCACAUCUCGGACGGAACGAAAAAUGAGAGGAGUAUUAAAAGAGAAAACAGAGAGAGAGAGAGAAAGAGAGAGAGAGAGAGAGAUGUUAUUAAUUGCUAAGCUGAUAGAUAGUCGAGCUCAGGUAGGUUUCGUGAUUAAUAUCUCGUAGACAUGUCCGCCGAUUUACCAUCGGAUAUUCAAAUAGUCAAAUUCGAAAUAGAAUUAAUUUGUUAUCGUGCGGAGCGUUUGAGAAUUGUACUUGAGUAUUCAAGUCGAAUUGAUGACCUCGAUA